AUGUUGUACAGUCACGUGACACUGCUAAUGCUUCGGGUCGUUGAUGUGAUUGCCAAAACAACGGUUUCAAAAGCAGCACGAAUGCUUGUAGCUGAGGUACCUGGAGAUGUGCAGAUUGGUGCAUUGUUUCCAUUGCAUUAUCAAAUCACAGGUACAGAAGGAUGCGGUAGAAUCUGGGAGCAGUACGGUAUACAACGAAUGGAAAUUGCUUUGAGUACGAUAGCAGAAUUAAAUACUUAUUUACCUUUUAAACUUGGCAUCACCAUCAGAGAUUCUUGCUGGACAGAACGUAUUGCCAUAGAACAAACAAUAGCAUUUCUACGAGAAGGUGUUAAUCAAUGUUCAUGUUGCACACCACCGACCUGCCAGAAGAAAAAUGGCCCGGUAGUAGCCAUUGUUGGUCCAGCUAAGAGUUCUAGCACAAUCGCAGUACAAAACUUAUUACAAGUUUUCCAUAUUCCACAAAUUGGUUAUAGUUCAACGACAUCUGACCUCUCUGAUAAAGAUCAGUUUCGAUAUUUUAUGCGUGUGGUACCAGCGGAUGCUUGGCAAGCUAAGCUAGUUGUUGCCAUGUUGGAAUAUUUCAAUUGGACUUAUGUUGCAGUUAUAUAUUCAGCUGGUAAUUAUGGAGAAAAAGGCUUUGAAGAGGUGGAAAGAACGAUCAACAAUAAUUUGGCCAGAAAUGUUUGCAUUGCUUAUUCAGAAAAAGUAAACAGCUUAGCAGAACCUGCCGAAUUUGAUAGAAUUUUGAAUUCAUUAAGAAGUCAAAAGUCAGUACCGCAAGUGGUCGUAUGCUUUUGCGAAGGUCGUACAAUGCAUGAAAUGUUCAAAGCUCAGCAACGUCUUCGACAACGGAACCCGAACAUGCGUGCAUUCCAAUGGAUUUGCAGCGAUGGUUGGAAUGACAGACUAGAUGUUGUUGAUGGCGUGGAACUUGAAGCUGCUGGGAGCUUCUCUAUAAGGAUUCAUUCUCCAUAUGUUGAGUGGUUCGAUCAGUAUUACUUUUCUCUGAAUCCCGAAAGUAAUACACAAAAUCCUUGGUUCCGAGAAUUUUGGCAAGAAAAAUUCAAUUGUCAGUUUUCAGUGGGUAACGAUGAUAAUGACACGAAAGUAUGCACUGGACAAGAAAGUCUCUCUCUUAAUUACAAACAGGAUGCAAAAUUAAGCCAAGUUGUUAAUUCAAUUCGCGUGAUCGGAUUAGCCUUGCAAGCGCUGUACAACGAUAGAUGCCAACAAAAUUUAACAGACUGCACAAAUAUGUUUGCGCUGAAUGGUACUUUACUUUUGAAGUAUAUGCUUAAUGUGACGUUUGUUGAUCAGUUCAAUCAAGAAAUGUAUUUCGAUGCAAAUGGAGAUCCACCCGCUUGGUAUGAUAUAUUAAACUAUGUUGGGGGUGAAGAAGGGUUCCGGAUGGUUGGUGAGUACCGAAAAAAACGACGUGGCAAAUAUCGUUUGAAAAUUAUUGAAAAUGACAUUAUGUUUUUUGACAGAUCGAAUCAGAUUCCAGAAUCUGUUUGUAGCAAAGCUUGUGAAAUUGGACAGCGACCAAGAGAAACAACAGCUUGUUGUUGGAUUUGUGAAGAUUGCUUAGCACAUCAAGUUGUCAAUUAUACGACACGCUUAUGCCAAAAUUGUACAUUGGGAUGGUGGCCAAAUUUAAAUCGAACAAGAAUUAUAAUAUGCUAUACAGUAUCAUUCGUAGUGCUUGCAACGCCAACAUUUACAAUCUGUUUUUUGACGCGUACAUUACCACCUGUUGCUUUUUCAAUGAUUUAUUCAGCGCUUCUUACAAAAACUAAUCGAAUCGCUCGGAUUUUGGCAGGUAGCAAAAAACGCAUACUCACGAAAAAGCCACGUUUUCUUAGCACUUCAUCGCAGGUGAUAAUGACGUGGAUUCUUGUUUUCAUCGAAUGCUUGAUAAUUGCUAUUGAUGUAUUGGAAGAAAUGCCUCAGGCUGGUUUCGACCCUUACUAUCAGCCUCAACGCAUGGUACUCAUCUGCUCAACAACGACCUUUGCCUUCAUGAUUCCAUUCUUCUGGAAUUUAUUUUUAAUCACAUUAUGUACGUUAUAUGCUAUUAAAACGAGAAACCUGCCUGAAAAUUUCAAUGAAGCAAAGUUUAUUGGUUUCACAAUGUAUUGUACAUUGGUGGUUUGGACAGCAUUCAUUGUUCUUCAUUUGGGUACUAUUAAUAAAGCAGUAACAAUGAGUUUUUCAUUUAGCCUUUCAGCUAGCAUUGCUUUAGUAUUACUAUUUUUUCCCAAACUUUAUAUCAUAUUAUUACGUCCCGAAAAAAAUGUUCGAGCAAAUUAUACUACUACAAAAAUGAUUCGAUGCCAUUUUGGAAGUUCACAAACAAAUGAAAGUAGCAAACAAGUGUUAGGAUGUAAAACUCAAUCAAAUCAACAUUCAAUAUCCAGAAGUAGUGAUGGAUCAUCACUGAUCAAACAUAGCUAUCAUACCAUGAAUAAGCCAGUAACUUAUAUCACUCAAAACACAUCAUCAUAUGAUGCAUCCACUCAGACGGAAACACUCAAAGUUUCAAAUAGAAUUGCUCGGACAUUUUCCAUAAUUAGUGGUGGUGUCACUACCACUGCUACUCGUCGUAGUACUAAACUUCAGGUUGAUGAUGAAGUUCGGCAACUUAUUGAAUCCUGUCGACGAUAUCAGGCAACAUAUUUUUGCUUUGAUUUGAAGGACGAGCGAUUACAAGGAUCAGUCAAGAAUUUGCUGCUAGAAGAUAAUGAAGAAGAAAAAGAAGAAGAGAAUGUGAGUAAAGUUGGCUCGUUAAUUGCAGAUUCUAUCGAGAAUUCUGUGCGUACUUUUUUGAGCACAGUCGCGAGAGAAGCCCUGCCUGAUUCUUCCUCAAUGCAACAAGAAACUUUGCUUGAAGAAAAGGACUUUGAACAGGUUUUGUGGUUAAAUUUCUAAUU